AUGGAUUGCUGUAACGACGUUCAGCAGGCGGAAAAUAAAGGUCGGACAUUCUUGGAACUUUUAGAUGCUCUCUGUAACCAUGAAGCGACUGAUUCCUUUGAACCGUCGGUCGUUUCAGAUCAAAUAGUCAAGGUAGUCAAUUCAGCAAGCAAAAGACGUCUCGGCAAAUUAGACACAUUUACGGUGUUAGAAUAUCUAUGCUCAAAACAUGUGCCUCCAGUCUCCCUUCUAACUGCAUUAAUAUUCAUUGAGAAGCUUGCUGUAACCAAUCCGCAUUCAUCUUUAUUGACCGAAGUGACAGCAUUUGAUCUUUUUGCGGUAUCUAUGGUGGUUGCAUCAAAAUAUUUACAUGAUGAUGAUACAGACUAUGGAAUGUACAAUGCAGAAUGGGCAAACGAAUUUGAUAUGGAUCUUAAGGAAUUAAAUGAUCUUGAAAUCAAAUUCCUUUCUGCGCUUAAUUGGGAGUUUUUUGUAACAAAAGCACAAAUACUCAAGUUUGGUUUUGAAAUAGGUGUUUUCAGUCAGACUACACUGUACAGCGCAUCUAGUGACAAAUCCGAUUUCACAAUCCCUCUACUUUCGCGUAUUACUCGUACUUUAUUUACGUGUAUGAGUUAUUUUACUUAUCACAAAAUCCGGAUUGUGAGUAAAGUUGUAUUCAUCCUGGCUGUGGCGUAUAUGGGAAUGAACAAAUAUCCUCAGUGUUCUUUUGAAGACAAAUGUCCAGAUCCCAACCAAACAAGGUUUUCAUCAUUAGUAGUAAAUGAAUGUCCAAGUAACAAGUCAUCAAAUGGGACACAACUCAGCAUACCGAUAGACCAGAUUUCAUGGUCGAUGUGCAUCUUACCUGUGUGA